CAAGAGAGAGAGAGGGAGUGAGAGAUAGAGUGAGAGUGAGAGAGAGAGUGUGAGAGUGAGAGAAAGUGAGUGAGUGGGGGAAGAAUCUAAUGCGCAUGCGCGGCGAGAAUCGUCUAUCUUCUCGAACGGUGGGCAUGACGCCAUAUUUGUUCCAUUGAUACCGGCAUCAAGCAGAAUACGUAUCGCUGUCAUUAAUUACAGAUUUUCAAGAAUUCCACUAAUUGAAAAAGUGCAGUUAAUUGAAAAAGUCCAGUUAAUUGAAGAAGUGCCACUAAUUGAAAAAUUCAACGAAAAUAAUUUGUUAGAGUUCUAUGUCAUACAUUAGAGAGUAAGACACAGCAACUGGAGGCAAAAGAUGGAGGAGUUGGAAAGGAUGAAGAGAAGGCACCACGUGUAUAUCUUUUGGUGUGUUGUGAGUGAAGUCAACAAGCGACAAGGCUUGUUACAUAAAUAUUCGAUGAGAGAAAUAUUACUGUUAUAUGUAAUGGUCUUCGAUGAUGCCGGAUAAAAAAUUGAAGGGAAGAGAUCGGAGAAGGGAAUAUUUAGCGUUUCAGAAUCCUUCGAGAAAAAGAGUAAAGGAUAUAUAUUUGUGAUGUUCCAAAGAGAAUCCGCAAUGGUAGCGGGAAAAGUAACGGGGAAAGGAUCGGGUCUUUCCUCUUGAGUGGAGCAGAAGCGCGAGAUAAAGGUAUAGAAGUACUAACAUGUAACAAAGGAGGAGAAGAAGAAGAAGAAGAAGAAGAAGAACACGAAGGAGAAAGAAGGAGGAAGAAAGAAGAAGAAGAAGAAGAAGAAGAAGAAGAAGAAGAAGAAGGCCUUCAUUCCCUAAUACAAUCCCAUCCUUAAAAGCAAUCAUAUUGAUUAAGAGCGUACCAUCCUCGCCGAAACACGAGACGGCCGGAUGGCCGGCGUAGUUCCUGUUUAUUUAUCCCCUAAAUUGCAAGGGAGCAAUUACUAAUACGAGGAUAAUCGAUUUAUUUAAGAAAAGAUUUCCGAAGGUCAACUGGUCAUCUCACCGCACUUCGUCUUCGAGGAGCUCUAGCAUUCCUAGUAGGGUUGCCAGUAGAAAGCACCUAAGUCACUAGGACACCUAAGUGCUGAGGGAAAGCAUCGAGUCGUUACACCUGGCGCGAAAGCACUAUAAAUCGUACAAAGGUGCUGUGAUUGGUGCGGAAGUGCUCAACACUGACGUGAUCGAGCUACAACUUCGAAAAAAGCUAGUAAAAUCGUCCUACCCUGUUUUAAAUCAUUGGCCGGAUAUGUCAGGUGAAGGGCUCCGUGUUGGCUCGACGAGGAAAGGAAAAAAGGGAAAGGUUUCGACGUCCCGUCGUCGUGAGUAUUACGACGGCCGCGCAUUUUCCCACACCUCAACGGUUACUACAACCAGCGGAAGAUUUAAACGGUUGUGCCGUUGAAUAUUGGAUACGCGGGGCGGCGGAACGAUGAUAUUCUCUUCAAACUAUGCAGACCAAGUUUAGAAAAGUGAUAUCGCCUUCGCAGUUGUGUAGAUGGAAAGCGGUGUUGGAAAAAGUUGAAUCCAUGCGCGUGUCAAAAUGGUAGAGACGCAAAAGGCCCUGCUGUUAGUAGUAUUGGCUGUUCUGGCCUAUCCAAACGAUAUUUUCGGCGGUGCUUAUCAGCCAGAAUUUGCUGGCCCUAUUACGAAUUUAACGAUACCACUUGGAAGGGACGCGACCUUCACGUGCCUAGUCAAACAUUUAGGAGGAUACAGGGUAGGCUGGGUGAAGGCCGACACCAAAGCGAUACAGGCCAUUCACGAUCACGUAAUAACACACAACAAGAGAAUUUCGGUGUCUCAUAGUGAUCAUACCAUGUGGAAUCUUAAUAUAAAGGGUGUCCAAGUAGAAGAUGAGGGUUUAUAUAUGUGUCAGAUUAAUACGGAUCCGAUGAAAAGCCAGACAGGUAUGCUGUCAAUCGUGGUACCACCUGACUUCGUACCAGAAGAUACAUCCAGUGACGUCAACGUUGGUGAAAAUGGUCAGGUGAAGUUAACGUGCCGUGCAAGAGGCGUACCCCCGCCCCGCGUAUCCUGGCGUAGAGAAGACGGCAAGGGUAUUAUAAUUCGGGAGCCAGCAGGAAGUGCUUUGAACCAGAAGUCUCACGUAACAACUCUAACCGAAUUUCAUGGGGAGGAAUUAAAGUUAACGAAAAUCUCGAGGACCGAAAUGGGCGUUUAUUUAUGUAUUGCUAGCAAUGGAGUACCACCGGCAGUUAGCAAAAGAAUUUCUAUAAACGUUCAUUUCACUCCUGCUAUUCAUGUACCUAAUCAACUAGUUGGAGCUCCUUUAGGUACUGAUGUUGUUUUGGAAUGCUACGUCGAAGCAUCUCCUAUGUCGAUUAAUUAUUGGAUGAAGGAAAAAGGAACGAUGAUAAUAUCCAGUACGCAACACGUAGUCGACAUGAUCGAGAAGUCUACAUUUGAAGUACGUAUGAUCCUGACGAUAAAGAAUCUACAGAAACACGACGUGGGAACGUAUCACUGUGCAGCGAAGAAUUCUCUUGGCGAAGUUGACAGCACAAUUCGUUUGUACGAAAUACCUGGACCAGCUAAAACGGAACUGGCUACUUGGGCUUCCUUCUACGAUGAGGAUAAUAACAAGAUCCCUUAUGGUCAAGCGGAGAUGGAUAAGACGGAAAACAAUUCCGUUUAUAUGGAAAAUUCUCUUCUUCACGGUUCAAACCAUGCACGCCUUCCGCCAACAUUGGCAACAGCUUUACCUACCUCCGUCAAAAUUGGCAAAAAUCGACCGACUGUUAACAUCUCUUCUUAUGCCAACGAUCUUACCAUAAGACAUAAUGUUUUAUUAUUAUUAUUAUUAUUAUUAUCAUCAUUAUCAUUAUCAUUAUUUUCGAACACUAUGCCUUGGUGAUCACAGUGACGACGAUAAUGAUGAUCGAGAGACUCGAACUAAAUCAAGCUGAUCAUUUAUAAUUUUCCCGUUUUAUUCGAGAUUGAUCGAGUGAAUAUUAUUGAUAUUAUGUCCGACAUUAUUAUUCAUUAUUGAAGAGAAAGAGAGAGACAGAGAGAGAGAGAGAGAGAGAGAUUACUUUAAUAGUUUAGACGUUGAUAAAAUUUCUUGAUCAUCAUCGUCUUACUUGAUACAUCAACUGUACUAUCGAUUUUCAUCAUGGAUAUAAGGCGCUUCAUAUUUGUAUAAAUUGAAUUAAUUAAGGAAAGAGAAAAAGAGAGAGAGAGAGAGAGAGAGAGAGAGAGAGAGAGAGAGAGAGAGAGAGAAAGAGCUGAUGAACAUUUUAAAUAUCCAUAUAAAAUUCCAUCGCGUAUGUGUAUGUAUGUAAAACGCGUCGCCUUUUAUCGUAUAUCAAAAUCGCGUUUUCAUCGAGUUCUAUAUCGACAUUUACGAAUGAUCAGAAGGUUAAAUAAUCGCAUAGUCCUUUAAAUUUGUUUAAAUUAUAUAGAUAUAGCAUGUAGUAUCGUUAGUUUUUAAUCAGAUCUGGGCAUUAAAAAAAUUUAUUAUUAUUUCUUAAUUUCAUUUUUAAUAAUAUUAAACGAAUUACGCGUGUGUGUGUGUGUGUGUGUGUGUGUAUGUGUGUGUGUGUGAGUGUUGUGUAUGUGUCACAUUUGUUUCAUUAGAAAUGAUUUAGUUCGAUUGAAAUAUUAUCUUGAUAUAAUUAAUUUAAAUAUAUGAUAUGAGAUCAAAAAUCUUUGAUUGAUUUUAAGAAUCGAUAUAUACUCUUUACCGAGAUUUUUUUAUAAACUGUUCAAAUUGUAAAACUAAAAGCUCAAUUACAAAUCUAAAAAAAAGUCUUGAAAAAAAAAGAGUAAUUGAUUUUUUAAAUCAUUCAAAAACUUUCGAUCCAUCCUACGUAUGUAUAAAUGUUAAGUAUAUAAAUGGUUUCUUUUUUUUGUUUGUUUGUUUCUUUUUUCUCUUUCUUUUUACUUUUUUUUUUAUAAAUUGUUUGUCACGAUCAUAAAAAUGGAUUUCGUUAUUUGAGAUAUUACUUGAACUGCUUCUUCUUUUUUCUUUUUUUUCUUGUUUUUUUUUUUUUUUUCGUUUGAAAACAACAAAUGUGCCCAGAUCUGACUUCGACGAGAGAUGAUAUUAUUUUCUGCGAGAAGAUUGUGGAUAGCUUCUCUGGAAGAGUAAUCAAAGACUGAAGAAGAAGAAUAAGAAAAAGAAGAAGAAAAAGAAAACGAAGAA